GACACAGGAUCAUUUAAUUUCAUUCCUGUAAAACCACAUGAAGAGUGAAGGUGAAUGCUUGCUUUAUCGAUUAGAGCCCAGACAAUUCAAGUGUGAACUAUAAAGAGGCUUAGGACUAAAUCACUAAAAAAAGGAGGCCCAGUUCUUCUUCCACUAUCCAAAGCUUUAGCUCACGCGGCUUCCAAAAUAAUGUCGCGUCUUUGCUUCCUAUAGUCAAAAAAGCACAUUCUAUCAUCGACAUUCCUACACUCUUUAAAAACCCAUCACCACGUUCGAUCUGAUCCUCGGUUAUAUACACACACACACAGAGUAAUGGCCAGUUGGAUCUCUCUUCUGUAUCUUUUCAUCUUCAGCUUCAUUUACACGGAGACUCAACUUGUCCCGGCCAUAUUCAUGUUUGGAGACUCCCUAGUGGAUGUGGGCAACAACAAUCACCUCAAGCUUUCACUUGCCAAGGCCGAUUUCCCUCACAACGGCGUUGAUUUUCCAGGAAAGAAGCCCACCGGCAGGUUCAGUAAUGGGAGGAAUGCAGCAGACUUUCUGGCUGAGAAGCUGGGAUUGCAGACAUCGCCGCCUUAUCUCUCACUGGUAUCAGCCACCAAUAAGAGCAAUGCAUUCCUGGGUGGAGCUAGCUUUGCUUCGGGAGGAGCUGGAAUUUUGGAUGGCACUGAUACACUUUUUAAACAAUCAAUCUCGCUCAACAAACAGAUCGAGUACUACUCAACGGUAUACGGGGAUCUGGUGCAGCAGCUAGGAACCGUUGAAGCCCAAACGUAUUUUUCAAAAUCGUUAUACGGCAUCGUGAUCGGAAGCAAUGACAUACUGGGUUACUUCGGCUCAGGAUCCACCCUCCGUGAUAAAUACACUCCCCAGCAGUAUAUAGAUCUGAUGAUAUUUACAUUAAGAGGACAGUUAAAGCGACUAUACAGCCUGGGUGCGCGUAAGUUGGCCGUGGUUGGAGCCGGGGCCAUAGGAUGUUGCCCGUCGCAAAGGAACCAGAACCAAACAGGGGAAUGCCAUGAGCAAGCAAAUUACUGGUCUCUUAAGUACAAUCAAGGUUUCAUAUCACUGCUGCAGGAAUUGAAGUCUGAACUCAAGGACAUGAACUAUUCAUUUUUUGAUACUUACACUCUUCUACUCAACUUCAUCCAAAAACCAGCUGCUUAUGGAUUUACCGAGGUUAAAGCGGCUUGUUGUGGGCUUGGAAACCUUAACGCCAAGGUUGCUUGCCUGCCCAUUUCAAGCUAUUGUCCCAACAGAAGAGAUCACGUCUUCUGGGAUCUCUACCAUCCUACGGAGGCAGCUGCUCGCAUUUUUACAGAUAAUAUCUUUGACGGUUCAGAACCAAUUGUAUUCCCUAUCAAUGUGAGGCAGCUAGCCGUCAUGUAAGGUGAAACAGAGAUGCUCAGCAAUUUUCUUUGUAUCCCUGAAAUAUACAAGUAUUUCCUUUAUUGUAAUCAUCAACCUCCCAGUGCUACCUAGAGAAUGAUCAGUCAUCCACAACAAUCAAUUUUGA